AUGAACAAUUUUAUGGAGGAUCGGCUAGCCGGACAUGGUACAGUCGCGUCAAUCGGCAGUGGCGGGGGCGGGGGUAGUGGUGGUGGAGGCGGUGGCGGAGGAGGUGGCGGAGGCUCGUCACCGUUCAGCCCGCACCACCAUCACCACCAUCACCACCACCGGAACACGACGCCCACCAACGCCGGUUCCAACAUGGGACACCACCAGGACUUCCAGCCGCCGUACUUCCCGCCGCCGUUCCCGCCGGCCCACCAUCACCAUCAGCCGUCCACCGGCAACGCGUCUUCGCCGUCCGCCAUGGACUACAUCAACGACCCGUACUCGCAGACGCUCAACAGCCUGCACCAAAGCGCACAGGCCGCCGCAGCCGCGCACCACUACAAUCAGCUGACCGUUGCCGCGGUGUCCGUCGGCCAGCGGCACGACGCCCUCCGUCGGUCGGACUCAGACUCCAUACACGUGGGCAACAUGCACCCUUCUUUCCCGUACGAGAGCGGUCGUUCCCGAGGUGGCGAGUACGGUUCCGGCGUCGGCGGAGUUCGAGGGCGAGGCGACGUGCUCGUCCAGUCGCACCCGGGCCUGGAGGACUCGUUGGUCCUGCACAACGCCCUGUCCAGCGUGGUGGAAGAAGCUCAGGAACACAACGUGGACGAUAGCAGUUCGUUUAUGAACGACUUGCCGCUACUAAAACGUAUGUCCACUACCCCUUCGGACGUGUUUUGCAGCGUACCCGGACGUCUGUCGUUGCUCAGCUCUACGUCAAAGUACAAAGUAACCGUCGGCGAAGUCCAACGCAGGUUGUCGCCUCCGGAAUGUCUGAACGCCUCUCUAUUGGGUGGCGUGCUCAGAAGAGCAAAAUCCAAAAACGGUGGACGGCUAUUGCGCGAAAAACUCGAAAAAAUCGGCCUAAACCUGCCGGCCGGACGAAGAAAGGCCGCAAACGUAACGCUGCUCACAUCGCUCGUCGAAGGUGAAGCGAUACAUUUGGCCCGAGAUUUUGGGUACGUGUGUGAAACAGAAUUCCCGGCCCGACAAGUGGCGGAAUACCUGAGCAGGCCGCACACGAGUGAUCCGACAGAAUCGUACCGAAGAAAAGAGCUUAUACAUGCCACAAAACAAGUGACCAAAGAGCUGAUGGACCUGCUCAACCAAGACCGUUCGCCGCUUUGUAACACCAGGCCGCAGCACAUUCUCGACCCAAUCAUACAGCGCCCGCUCACACACUUUUCGCUCAUAUCGCACGGAUUCGGCAGUCCCGCGAUCGUCGCCGCCCUCACGGCAAUACAGAACUUCCUCUCGGAAUCUUUGAAGCACUUGGACAAGGUGUACCCGUCCGGCAACAGCCUGUCGUCUCAGCAACAGCAACAGCAGCAGAACAAUCAACUUCAGCAACAGGACCAGAAGCCCAAAGACUUGGUUGGACUGGAGCUGAAGAAGUGA